AGGUACCACCAAAAAAAGAAUAGAUCGGACGACGAAACCCAGGCAAGUUGCAUUUAUCUUGGCUGGCAUCAGCAGGUCGUGUAACGUCAUGCGUGAUUAUUGGACUGUGAAGGCUGUGACGUCAAAGGGCGCAUGCGCGCUAUUUCCCGAGGAGUGCUGUCCCAGGAUCGUAGGCCAGAUGCCAAAUUUUAGCGCUAAGGUUUGCAUGUUGCAAAAACGGGUUAGUUUUAAUUCUUCACGUAGGGUACUCGGAGCGGAAGAUAAUACGAAACAACAAAGUGUACUUCCAAUUUUUUACUUUUUUGAAAGCAUAUUAUUGUUAAUUAAGUCUUUAUCUUAAAUUUCAUUAGGAUACAUUACUUAUUGAUAUUUUUUUAUAGAGAAACCAUUAAAAAAUAAAUUAGAUUUUUUCUGUUAGGACAUCGGGCACCGGAAUAAUCACAGUAAACCGUUAAGCUGUAUCUUACUUGAGGCAAAGACUAGCAUUUUUGCCCUGCGGAUUAUAUUUUGGCGAGUUUUGUGCAGAAGUUUUUUGAAGAGAACUCCAAAUUUAAAAAGACUGAAACAUUACUCUCUUCAUUCAACAUGUACUUUAGCGGUCUUCUCGCAUAACUGAUUUCACAUUCUUUGAUAAGGAACAACAUAGUUAUAAUUUUUUAAGGUACGAAAUGGCAGAUCAACAAAUUCAAGCGAGCACCAGAAUGUCUCGCUCACCUUCUAAAUCAAGAAGCAGAUCAUCAGAUAAAGUUCUGAACAAUAACGAGAAACAAGACAACCUAAGCACUCCAAAAUUCCACACGGUUACCAAAAGUCCCAGUCCAUGCAAUCGCAGAGCUUCGGCUGUCCAUAUCGGUACGACAACUUCCUCUGCCAGCGCCAGAUCUUCCCACAACCGUUCGAGGUCCUUGCGGGCAAAGAGACACUCGGCUCACAUCCCCCACUCUCUCAGUGGAUCGCAACUAGACUCGAAACCAGUACUGAAUCCGAGAUCUAGCAUCAGCCACUCCUUGUCCGUGCCAGCAGGUGAAGAUGGAGAAUUCCACUUGGUUAGAAACUUCAGCGUUACUUCUAAAGGAAUUAUCAACAGAGGGGACUCGUUCCGAUGCAAAUCUCGAUCGACAUCUGUAUGUUCCACGCCCACCUCGCCGGUGUCCGAAAAUUCUUUCCCGGAUUUCGCAGCUAAUGUUUCUCCCGGUGCAUCGACAUCGACAUCAACAACGGCUUCAUCUUCAGCACCUACCACUCCGACUUCAAUUGCUGCAACGAAUUCUGACACCAAAGAGGUACCUAAAUACACUGUUUGGCUGAUGGGAUCUAACGGCGUGGGAAAAUCUUCAAUUAGGAAUCAAUUUAUGACAUCAGAAUAUAUCUGUCAAUAUGAUAACUGGCAUGAUGAAAGUUUGAACAGAACGGUAACUGUGUCUUUAGAUGGCGAAGAAACGGAAUUAGAAAUUGUAGAAUGUAACCAAAUGGAGGACAAGGGACGUGACAAAGAAAGUGGUCCAGAUGCUUACAUCAUCAUCUAUUCAGUAACCAAUCGCAGGAGUUACAUCCAAGCUCGUCAGAUUUUGUCUAAACUGGAGACUACUUUUGGAUCAAAGGCAGCUAUCUUGGUGGGAAAUAAAACAGACCUUGCAAGGCUUCGAACCGUCACAACUGUUGAAGGACGGUCACUGGCAAAAGAACGUGGAUGCAAAUUUAUUGAAACUUCUGUUGCUAUCAACCAUCAGCUAGAUGAGCUAUUAGUUGGAAUCAUUACCCAAAUCCGCAUAAAAGCAAAGAUCGCAGAGAAACAGAAGAAAAGAAGCGGGAGAAACACUCAAAAUUCUCGCAACAAAGCCACAUGCAUCAUUAAAAGACUUUGGAGGAGAACCUGCAUGACCAGUAAAUCAUGCGACAAUUUGCACGCUCUUUAGCUUUCACCACUUGUUGUCAUCGAAAAGGUGCUCUAGAACAAAGAACUAAUUUUAACCCAUUCAUCACUGCAGAUGGUUUGCCAACAAGUCAGGCACGGUCUUCAAGCUCCUCGUUGAUGCGUCUGUCCAACUGACUGAAGGGCUGCAGUUAUUCUGGCAUAAACUUUGUCAUCGCUGCAGAUUUUUCAGAUUUCAAUGAAGUUCACACAAACUGCUAAUUGGUUAGCUCACAUCCAAUUCCAUGACAGGCAAAACAAAGUGUCAACAACUCAACUUUCCCUGGAUUCGAGAAAUGGGCUUCGUUAUAGAUCAUCCCGUGGAGUUCUUUGCAGUUCAAGAUGUCUAGACAAGAGAGAACAUUCUUGAAUAUUGAAAAACGAGAUGAUACCUGCAAUGAUGAAGGAAUUCAAAAUGCAUUUAAAAUUUUGCAUUGAGAAAUUUCAACAUUUACGUCAUCAUAAGGACAGCUUCGUUGAAGUGACUUGAAGCUUAUGUUUCGUUCAAAUUUAGAAUCAAGUCCGAGUUUUUAUCACUAAAAUGCAUUUUAAACAUUCAACUUUUAUUUUUGUAUGCCUUUCUGAGUUAAAAUAGCGCGCCGAAUAACGAUUAUUGGAGGAUUUAAAGCAACAAAAUCAACGCAAUAUUCAUUCUACAGUCGAGGAUGAAGCAUGUGCAUUUAAACUUUCGAAACUAAUCUUGCAAAUUUAUGAAUAUUACGCUAAUUCUUGUUGCUUUAACUUCUCCAACAAUUUUUACGCCUUUGAAUCCUUUAAGCUUGUAGAAUAUAUUUUAAAGAAGGAAAGAAUAUUGCAUGAAAGUUUCAUAGCGGACAUCACUUUUUGACCUUUAAUACAAAUACCCAAAGGCAACGAAGCACGUAGACCUUGAGUAAAAUAUUUGUGAAGUCUAUUUUCUCUUCAGUGAAGUGUCCCAAAUUUAAAAUAGCUGCCGGGCCGACGAUGAUGCCGGUUUUUUUACUCUUAAAGAUAUUUUUGAAGAAUUUAAAGGCUAUUCCGUUGUCUUUGGCACAGUGUCAGACGUAAAUUGUUCUACAACUAACCCACUAAUGAACAUAUUAUGAAAUACAAAUUUCUAAAAUGGUUAUUUUCAAAAUGCCCAAUGCAUUAGAUUCUAAUCAUUUUUGCAUUAUAAUUUUUAUCAAAACUUCUGUGAAAGAUUUGAGUGCUGAAGUUUUUGAUAAAUUUAUGUGCUUACUUUCAUGUAUACUGAAUCCGAAUGCAGCGAUAGCUGCUAAUCACAAAUAGACUGUUCUUGCUAAUGUUUUUAUUUAAUUUCGGUUAAUUAUAUUAGAAUUUCAGAUAUUUGGAAUAACUGGAAUUAUACUAAUAUUCAGAAAAUGCAGAUAGCUAAGCUGUCUUUUUUUCAGAUGUGAAAUUUGUAUUUAUUGUAAUUGAAGUAAGGGAAUUUUUUAUGCUAUUUUAUUUUAAAAAAUGUUUUACAGAAGUAAUACAAAAUAUUUUUAUUUCUAAAAAGCAAAGUACAAAGCAUGUUUCUUUUCCAGAAAAUUGAACAGUAAAAAUAAAAUUUGCCUAAUGACCAAAUUAAAUCUUGAGCAAAAAUAAAACAACAGAAUUAUUCUUAAUUUACGCAGCCUUAAAUAAAUAAUUUGCUCUAAAAUUAAACAAAAGACAUUUUUUAAGCGAAACACAAUACAAAAUGGGACCUUGCAAUAACGUUAAUUUGUUCUAGUUUAUAAAAUGAAAAACUGUCUAAAAUCAUGAGUGGUUCUCAUAAGUAUGUACUCGUAUUUCUUUUCUAAUAAUAUUUAUCGAAUACAAUAUUUUCCGAACAUUGUAAGCAAAGUCACCUAAAUUAAUCUUAACAACUCCUUAAAAUUACGUAUUGAGCUAUAUUAACUUUUUACAUCAUUUGAUUCAAUGAAACAUUUAAAUUUACCUUAGCUGUACCUAGCUGUAACUGCAGUUUUUCUUGGCUUUAAAAAGAUGUAGCAGUCUGUAUAACUAGAGUUUUUGACAUCUGCAAUUCCGAUUACAGGAGUUAAGUAUCUAGAAUUCGGGGUAUUCGGAUAACUGAUAUUUCGGAUAUCUGAAAUUUCGAUCAUGAGAGUUUCCGGUAUCCGUUUUCCCGAUAAUUGGGAUUUCGAAUGCCUGAAAUCCCGAUUAUGGGUAUUUUAAUAUCUGGAAUGCUUACAACAGAAUAGCAGAAAUUCCGAUGACUUGAGUUUCGAAUAUAUAUAACUGCGUAACUAGAGUUUAUAAUUCCUGGAUUUUCGAUAAUUGAAAUCUCGGCAUUGUUAUCGUAAUUUAAAGUUUCGGCGUCUAGAAGCUUCAUAAUUAGAGUUUAAAAUAUCUGAAAUUUUGAUAAUUUAAAGUUCUAAUAUACAUUGAUUCAUUUCAUAAUGAAUUUUUAUUAAAUUUUAUUUAAUUAUUUACAUUAACUCUGAAGCGUGAUUAAUGUACCUUUCAUGAAACACGCAUAACAGUUUGAAAGGCUCUAGUUUAAGUUAAUAAAUACAUAAACAAGUGCUUGUGAGUAUUUUGAAAACUUGGAGAGGGAAUAUUUAACACACGUUUCUUUCUCAUACGGGUUCUAUUGCUUUCUUUCAGAGCAUAACAAAUGUAAAUAAUAAUAAUUAUUAUAUUUGUUUUGUUUUCAUUACUUCGUACACUCUUUCUGUUCCUUCAAGUGUUACGUUUAAUAAUGUUUUACUUCAUUAAUGCUGCAUUAUUUUUAAUUUAGAAAUUGUAUUUUUAAGCAUGGAAUAUAACAAUAUUUAGUUACGAGUGCUUUAACGAGACUUAUAUCCAAUCUUUUCACAGUUUAUUAACCUGCAAGUAAAAAACAAUUUAUUUACUUUAAAAUUUUUUUCUUAUAUUUUUAAACGUUUUGUAUCGAACAAAAGGAAAUUUGAGGUGAAUUUCUUCUUCUUUUUUAUGUUUUUUUUUUUUAGUUUAUCAUGAAAAUAGUUUUGUGGUACAUAAGUGAGAAGGUAAUAAUACUUAUUAUACUUAGCGUAUUUUAUUGCGAAUAAAUGCAAAUAUGUUUUUGCAACAUGUGUUUCCUUGGAGGAAAUAUUUUCUAAAUCAUGUAUCUAAAAGUUAUGCAGAAAUAUUUUGCAUGUUAAAGAAUAAAUGUAAGAAAAAUAAACUCUUUAGAUGAACUGAAAGACAGUUCUCUGAAGUUGAUUCAAUGUAAUGAUUAGUUUGAUACUGGUAUUUCAAAUAAUUGUACCAAUGGAAUAAAAUAAUUUAUAAAAAA